CAACUAAUUAGGCGAUUGUGUGCUCUCCAUCCAUCCACCAGAUCAUCAGAUGUCCAGCAGCAGCAUCACGGCCAGUGCACAUUCCACAAAGAAGAAAACGACGGGCCACUGGCCCGGCCACUCGAUGAGCGCCGCCACGAUGCGGCCGCCAGCCAUCCCCAGCAGCGACACGCACACGGCAAGGAGCACACCGCCAUUGACACCCGGGUAGAAGGGCGCGGCGAAAAGCAGCGCCCCGACAGCCACGCCAAAUCCACCGUACACGGCCCGCACUUCGUUCCUUGAGUCGGGGUGGACGGGCGAGAGCCUGAAGAAGCCAACCACAAAGUGCGGGCUGAUAAGAGCGGCAAGACCCAUCGUGAUGAAGAAGAUGGCAACGAUUGCGACUUGGAUGGACACCAAGCUGCUCUCUGCAGUCAUUUGGAUGGUGCUCUCACUUUCAGAUCUUCCACUCAGAUUGCAGAUCUUGAGCUCGCAGACGAACCGCUCCCGUGCCAU